ACCGAUUGAAGAAUUUGAAUAGGUACCUACUUGUGGUUUAAUUGCAGUAAGCAGUUUAUUAGGUUAUUUGUCAGUGUCUGUCUUAAUAUAUAGAAAUUUAUUAUAAUACUAUAUUAUAUCAAUACUUUUUCACGUACAUUUACUGUAGAGAAAUAAUAGAAAUGCAGUUAAAGGUAGGCUUUGUUGGUGGUGGAAAUAUGUCAACUGCGAUUGUACAAGGGAUAUGCAAAAAUGAAAUCCGCGAUUCCUUAAAUAUCUGGGUCUCAGGACCCCAUAAGGAAAAUCUUGAACAUUGGAAACAAUAUGGUGCGAAUGUAACAACUAGCAAUGGAGAAGUUAUUUGUAAUUGUGAUAUAGUAUUCAUUGGAGUGAAACCUGCAAUGCUGGAUAAUGCUUUAUGUAAUUGCUACUUACCUACAAAAGAUCCUAAAAAUAUUCUGUUCAUAUCUAUGCUUGCUGGAGUGAACAUACAAAAAUUGAAACAGGUGUUGAAGCAGUUGCCUUUUAAUUCCAAUGUGAUCCGUAUUUUUCCAAACACACCUAUGUCGGUGGGUGCGGGUUCAUGUUUAUAUGCCAUAGAUGAAAAUGUAACUCUAGAACAGUGUGCUGUUUUGGAGAAAUUACUAGCCGGCUGUGGACUGUGUGAAAAAGUUUCUGAACCAUUGAUGGACUCGUUGGGAAUUCUGACAGGAUGUGGACCUGCAUUUAUGUACAUGGUAAUUGAAGCCCUGGCUGAUGGUGCAGUAAAACAGGGUGUUCCCCGAGCUAUGGCCCUCCGACACUCAGCUCAAAUGAUGGCCGGCAGUGCAACCAUGGUGUUACAAAGCAAUAAGCAUCCGGGACAGCUAAAGGAUGAAGUCUGCUCACCGGGAGGAUGUACCAUCGCUGGAGUUACUGCCCUUGAGAAUGGGAAACUAAGGGCUACAAUGAUCAAUGCUAUAGAAGCAGCGACAUUAAGAGUCAAGGAGAUGAGCAAGAAUUAAUAGUUUGUCUUGGGCCUUAGUUAGUAGAAGUAUUGAUGACAAUCACUAUAUGAAAUAGAAUUAUAUACUUCAUUACAUGACAGUUGACACUUAGUGAUUUAAUUUUUUUUUAAUUUCAUCAAUGCAUAUUUAUUAUCUGUGAAGUAUUUAAUGACAUAAAAUAUGUAUUAUCAAUUUAUUUAUUGAGUAUUUCUGCACAAUUCAAUUAUGUAUUUGUAAUUUCUUCGGGUAUAGCAUUUUAGAAUGUUUUAUAUGCAAUACUUAUAGUUUUGUAUUACUUUUGAACAGUAUUGUAUCUCAUUAUUGUGAAUCUCGACUUUUAGUAUUUAUUUCUGUGAUAUGAACACAGUAUUACCUGUUUAUAGUUUGUGACUUAAUAGAGACUAACAAAAAAUGUAUGUAUGGGUAAGAAAUGGAACUUAUAAUAUUUCUUAAAUAUAUAUAUAUAUAUAUUUUAGUGCAAAAUAAAUAUUUUAAUAUAAUCAAAGUGACAUUAUAAUCUAUAAUUUGUGUGAUAGCCAUUUUUAAUCUUAUCCGUUUUAUGUUACAUGUAUUGUACAAAGUAUUUUAUAUGUUACAUAUUUAUUUUGAUACGCUUAUUAUUUUUUCUUACAUGUUUUAUGUACAAUGUAUUACAUUUAAAGUUUAUAUAGAGUGUAAAAUGGAGUUAAAUGUUAAAUGUUACCACUAAAAAUCCAUAAUAUUGAAAAAUA